GUCUCUGUCCAAGAACCAGUAGCUAUCUAUGUAAUAAGCAUAGUGCCUCAGUGCCACUAUGUCUGUCACACUAAUAUUAUAUUCACCAAAAUAGCAGUUAAAGAAUGCAAAAUAUUCACUUGUGUAUUAUUUCGCAUAUAACAAUGCUAUUAUUUCUCCGAGUCAGAUUGAAGAGGAACUUCUUGAAUCCUUCCUCUGAUUUCAGACUGCCCUCCUGCAAUGAAUUUCCCUACUCCUAGCCCCUAGUUUUCUUAUUGUCCCCAGCCUCCAAUCCAUCAUUCCUCAUUGUCCUUCACACUUGUUGUUGUGUAGCAUGUUGAGUUGAUUACACCUGGAAAAGCUUGAGAUUGGGCUUCUUUUUUGUGGACCCAACCUAUCCUGGCAUUGAUUCCAAAUAUGGACUUCCCAAGGUUUUUCUGCUCUCCCCAGUGCUUUUCUUUCCAGGUAAAGCACCAUUUCCUGAAGGUGCCAGGCCUGGCCUCUCCCUCUUGUUUGCUCUUUGUGCUAGUCAGUCCCACUUACCUCUGUGCACAGUCCACCCGGGGUUCUCCUCCCACACAGAGAAGGACAGCCCAAGGCAGCUAUGGCUUGGCUCCCUGGAUCGCUGGUGUUUUGGACAAUGCUGACCCUCAUCUACCUGAUCGCCCCAGGCUGCUUUGUGGAAGUGAAAGUGCCAGUUGAACCCCUGAGCAAACCUGCUGGUGGGACUGCCGAGCUGACCUGUAGUUACUCCACAUCUGUGGGUGAAAACUUUGCGCUGAAAUGGAGUUUUAUCCAGCCUGGCAAUCCCCUCUCUUCAGCUGAGACUAUCCUAUAUUUCACCAAUAAGGAGCUAUAUCGGACGGGUCCCCAGGCAAAGAGGGUCACUCUGCUGCAGAAUCCCCCUACAGGAGGGGUAGCCACACUUCGACUGUCAGACACUCGAUCUUCAGAUACUGGAACCUAUCUCUGCCAGGUCAACAAUCCGCCAGACUUCCACAGCAAUGGUCUGGGGAUGGUCAAUCUCACAGUGCUGGUACCCCCGACAAAGCCCACAUGUGGACAAAGUGGGCAUAUUUCUGUAGGAGGGGGUGCUGCUUUGAGCUGCAGUUCUUCAGGGGGUGCCCCCCGACCUGUGUACACCUGGGUUCGGUUGGGUUCCAUUCCUACACCAGCUCCCGGCAGCAUGGUACAAGAUGAGGUCUCUGGUCGGCUCAUCCUCACCAACCUUUCUCUCUCUUCCUCCGGAGUCUAUCGCUGUGUGGCUGCCAAUCAGUUAGGCAGUGCUUUCUGUGAACUGACCCUUGAAGUGGCUGACCCUUCCAAGGGCCGGGUUGCAGGGGCUGUGAUAGGUAUCCUCCUGGGUUUGCUGUUCUUGGUGGUAGGUGUAUUCUGCCUACUGAAGUUCCAGAAGCAGAGGAGUAAGAAGCCAACAGAGAUAUAUGGGGGCAAUGACCUUAGAGAGGAUGCCAAGGCCCCAGGGGUUUAUGACUCACUACCCCGGAGAGGCAUUUCAGAUGUUGGGCUACUGGAGAGGUGCCCUUCUGCCAGCACUGUGACCACCACCAAGUCCAAGCUCCCCAUGAUUGUGUGACAACCUCUCAUGCUUUACUGCUUCUUUCCUCAGGGAUUUGGAUUUAUAAAUUAAAUUCCUUAUCUUA